CUGAUAAUAUUCGGGCAAGAACAGUAGUAGUGAUUGUUAAAUUAAGAAUAUAAGCAUAAAUAAUCUUAUGUAAAUAACAUCAGUGAUAAUAAAGAUAAUAUUUGUAUGGUCACGAGGUUAUUUUCCAUCUCCGACAAGUAUAGUGAAUUAUGAAGUCUUUAAAAAUUGUGAUGCUACGAAAUAUGGGUGGAAAAUUUAUUUUGCGUAAUAAUUCAUCAGAAACACCUAAAUAUGUAACAAACAGUAUAAGACCAAUUGGAUCUUCUAUAGAUUCGAAAGAAAUAGAAUUUUUUGGAAAAUUAAACAAUAAAUGGUGGGAUCCCAAUGGUCACUUAGCUCUUCUUCAUAUUAUGAAUCAUAUUAGAGUACAGUUUGUACGAGAUGGCUUAGCUAACACAGGCAUUAUUAAAGAUGAUACAAAUUUACCUUUAGAAGGAACAAAGAUUGUGGAUAUUGGAUGUGGUGGAGGAAUAUUCUCUGAACCAUUAGCUAGAAUAGGAGCAGAAGUAACAGGAAUAGAUAAUUCAUUGGAAUUGAUAGAUGUUGCAAAGGAACAUGCCUCAUUGGAUUCCACUUUAUCAGGAAAAUUAAAUUAUAUUCAAACUACCAUUGAAGAAUUUGAAAAAGAAAAUAUAGAAAAAUAUGAUGCAGUGGUAGCUUCUGAAGUUCUGGAACAUGUAGCUGAUCAACGAUUAUUUCUUAAAUCUUGUUCGACAAUUAUAAAACCUGGAGGAUCACUGUUCAUUACUACCAUAAAUAAAACUUUACCAUCUUGGUUGGGUGCAAUUAUUGCAGCAGAGUAUAUAUUGAAACUUGUACCAAUUGGAACACAUGAUUGGGAUAAAUUUAUUUCGCCAGAAGAAGUUCAACGUUUCUUAGAAAUUUGUGGUUUGAAGACAAAACUAAUUCAUGGGAUGAUUUUUAAUCCAAUAAAAUAUGAAUGGUCUUGGUCAUCAAACACUUCAAUAAACUAUGCGCUUCAUGCAAUCAAACAAUAAUAUUCCAAAAUUGCUUAUAUAACAAUGUUUAUUUGUUAUGGAUUAUAAUAUGUAAAUUAUAACAAAAAUUAAUUUUUUUAAUAUAA